GUCUUUCUCCAUCCUCACCACUCCCCAGUUUCUCUCUCUAAAACAUCUCUGCUCACUGCUCAGCGCUCUGCUCUGCCUUCUCUCUCUCUCUUCCUCUGCUCCGUUUCUUCAUCACUUCUUGUCUUCUGCCCUCUGCUCUCCUCUUCAAGCUCGAGUUUUGCUUUAUUUCCAUUGAACAACCAAAUCAAAGACUUCACCUUUCUUUCCUCUGAAAACAGAGCAUACUCCGUUCCUGAGCUCGAGUUGCAUUAUAACCUACACAGCUUCUAAGAGAUGACGAAGCAGAAUGUGACGGUCUCCGACACCAAGACGGGCUUCAACAUGACUAUAUCGAUGGCGGUCUCGAACUCCCCUGUUUUCGUGCAGAAGCCGCCGGCGGCCCCCGGCGGGUACAUCAGCAUCUCGAGGAAGAAGCUCCUCAAGAACCUGGAGGUCAAUGGGGCCCAGAGGAUCAACUCGUGGGUCGAUUCCAUGAGAGCCUCCUCCCCGACCCACAUCAAGUCUACUCCAUCUUCUCUUACCGAAGACCAUUCUUCUUGGAUGGUUCAUCACCCAUCAGCCCUGGAGAUGUUCGAGCAGAUCAUCAACGCAUCGAAGGGGAAGCAGAUAGUGAUGUUCUUGGAUUACGACGGCACCCUGUCGCCCAUAGUCGACGACCCCGACAGGGCCUUCAUGUCUGACAAGAUGAGGGCAACCGUGAAGAAGCUGGCAAGGUGUUUCCCCACUGCCAUAGUGAGUGGCAGAUGCAGGGACAAGGUGUAUAGCUUUGUAAAGCUAGCAGAGCUAUACUACGCAGGAAGCCAUGGGAUGGACAUUAAAGGGCCAGCAAAAGGAUCCAAAUACAAGAAAGGCGGUCAGGCUGGAAUCCUCUUCCAACCAGCCAGCGAGUUCCUCCCCAUGAUCGAUGAGGUCUAUAAAGAACUCGUCGAGAAGACAAAAUCAACCCCCGGCGCCAAGGUGGAGAACAACAGGUUCUGCGUCUCGGUUCACUUCCGUUGCGUGGAGGAAAAGAAAUGGACUGAUCUGGCACAGCAGGUGAGGUCUGUGCUCAAGGACUAUCCUAGGCUUCGAUUGUCCCAAGGAAGAAAGGUAUUGGAGAUCCGACCCACAAUCAAGUGGGACAAGGGGAAGGCCCUUGAAUUCUUGUUGGAGUCACUGGGAUAUGCAAACUGCACCGAUGUUUUCCCAGUGUACAUCGGGGACGACCGGACCGAUGAGGACGCGUUCAAGAUAUUAAGAGACAGAGGCCAAGGGUUCGGAAUUCUUGUCUCUAAGUUCCCGAAGGACACGACCGCGUCGUAUUCUUUGCAAGAACCAUCUGAGGUCAUGAACUUUUUGCAGCGCUUGGUAGAGUGGAAGCAGCUAGCGUAUAGAGGACGGACUCGGAUGUAGAAAUCACUACUAGUAGUGAAGAGAGCAUUACUACUGAGGAAAAAUCUCUAUCCAAGAUCAAUUGUGAAUAGGAGGGCAAUGGAUAUGAGGGUGUGGUAAAAAAAGUCUUGUUCAUAAUUUAAGAGAAAAUGAACAAGAUAGUAAAUAAAAAAUGAGAAAGGGGAAUCAUAUUAUGUAACCCUUUUUUUAUUUUUUAUUAUGUAACCCUUUUUUCCUUUUAUUUUGGCAUUCUAAUUAAGGCCUUGUGCAUCUCUCUAAUCAACUUGAUGUACAUGGCCUACAAGCUUUGUAAUUUUCCUUAAGUUGUCUAAAUGCAAAAUGACUUCUAACUUCCUCUCU